CUAGUUGGCUGAUGGCUUGAAUAAAAUUAGGGAGUUCCACAUGUUUGGAUAUUGCUUAUAUACCAAAGUGCUUGAAUAUUAAAUAUAUGUUGUGCACCUAGAACACAAGAUUGGUUUUGAAUGACUCAUUUGUUUGGCAUUUCUUUUGAUUAACAAUAAUUUACUAGUUUUUUGAAGUAAUUUGAAAAGCACUUGAAAAUGUCUUUAGCAGAUGAGCUUCUUGCUGACUUAAAUGCCAUAGAGGAUGAUGAUGUUGAUGAAGACGAAGGUGAAGAUGGAAUUGAGGAAGUUCAUGAAAUGGAAAGUGAGCCAAUGGAUAUAGCAAAUCAGUCUGUCCGUAAUAUAGCAAAACUUAGAGAUAGUAAAGAGUUACAAACAACACUUAAAGAUAUGGAUAAUUUCUUAGAAAACCCAAGAUCACGGAAUACAGUUUUUGGACCAGUAGAACAAGAUCCUGAAUAUCAACUUAUUGUUAAAGCAAAUAAUUUAACUGUAGAAAUUGAAAAUGAAAUGAGUAUUAUUAAUAAGUAUUGUAGAGAUCAUUAUUCUAAACGUUUUCCUGAACUUGAUUCGCUUGUCCCUAAUGCUUUAGAAUAUAUUCAAACAAUCCAAGUUUUGCAAAAUGACUUGAACCCAACAAAAAUUGAUAACAUGGAUUUUUUACAACCUGCAACUCGUAUGGUUUUAAGUGUUACUGCAGCAACCACUCAAGGCAUUAAAAUUGAAAAUGAAGAACUUGAGUAUAUCAUGGAGGCCUGUCAAAUGAGUAUGGAUUUAGUCAAUGCAAAGCUUAAAAUAUUUCAAUAUGUAGAGUCACGCAUGUCAUUCAUUGCUCCAAAUGUUUCUGUUAUAGUUGGAGCAUCAACUGCGGCUAAAAUGAUGGGACUAGCAGGAGGACUAACAAAUCUAUCAAAAAUGCCAUCUUGCAAUAUUUUGCUAUUAGGCUCACAAAAAAAAACUUUAGCUGGUUUUUCUAUGGCUUCUGCUCAAGUAAUGCCUCACACAGGAUUUGUCUAUUAUAGUGAUAUUGUUCAGUCAUUACCUCCUUAUCUAAGAAGGAAAGCAGCUCGUCAAGUAGCAGCAAAAUUUACUUUAGCAGCUCGAAUAGAUAGUUUUCAUGAAAGUUUAGAUGGUUCAGCUGGUCAAAAGUUGCUAGAAGAGAUUGAAAGGAAGUUUGAAAAGUGGCAAGAACCACCACCAGUAAAAGAGGUAAAAGCCCUUCCUAGACCUGAUGAUGCUCCAAGGCAAAAACGAGGUGGAAGGCGUGUACGCAAAAUGAAAGAAAAGUUUGCUGUUACAGAAAUGCGUCGACAAGCUAGUCGAGUUACAUUUGGUGAAAUAUCAGAGGAUAUAUUCCAAGACCAUCUUGGAUUUGGAAUAGGUUCUUUAGCAAAGGACAGUAGUUCUGGUAAAGUAAGAAAUGCUGCAAUUGAUAAAAAGACUCAGGUUUCUAUAUCAAAGCGUCUACAGAGAAAUUUGGCUAAUAUGAAUCAAGCAUAUGGUGGCAAGUCAACUGUGCGAAGCCAUGUCAGUGGGACAGCAUCAAGUGUUGCUUUUACACCGUUGCAGGGUAUUGAGAUUGUGAAUCCCAAAGCUGCUGAAAAAAGAGUAGCGGAGGCAAAUGCAAAAUAUUUCUCUAAUCAAUCUGGGUUUUUUAAUGUUAAAAAAAAUGAUGAAAAUAUGUAGAUUUAAAAAAAUUUAGUUUAUUCAUUUUUGUUGAAGUAAUAAUUUAGUUAGCAAUUGCACAAACCAAGUUCUUACUUAUAAAUUACGGAUGCCUUUAGGAGCUAUCUCCUUUUAUUUACUCAAGAAAUUCAAAUAUUUUAUUGAUGAAGGUCUUGGUAAAAUUUUUAUACUUCAACAUUUCAAGAUUAUCAUCAUUUCAAGGAGUAGCAGAACUAAUCAUUUUAGGUUUUUUAAACGUUUUUCAGUGUUGAUCUUAAUUUUAGAUAAAGAUGAAUAAAAAUA